UGUUUGUUUUUAGGACAACAAUAUCUCCAGCAGAAAAGAUGCGGUUUUAUAUUAAAUUUAAACCAAUGCAAAUCGCAAAUCAUGUGAUAUUUCCCUCAGAGGAAGAAGGUACAGUCUACAGUCAAAACAAACCCAUCUUUUUCAUAGAAAUAAAUCUAAAUUAAGAUGCUGAAAUCAUAAAAUAUCUAUGCAAAAAAAAAAAUAAAAAUCAAGAUGUGAAAUAAAAUGAUCUCUAAUAUCAGAGUUAUAAAUGUGCGUAUUCGUGCUUUGUGCUGUCUGGUCUUUCUGGACCCCAGAGUGUCCCCUACAGGAGAGAUUGAACACGGCAGACUGAAGCUGGAUCAGUCGCUGCGGCUGCUUCAGUUCUGGCGCUGGACUCGACAGGUGCAGCUUCAGCUUCAUCCUCCUCUUCAACAAUGCGCAAAACGGCGAUUCUUACAUCCUAAUCUAACGAUCGGGAUCGCAAAUGUGAUGUGAUUCUUUCCACGGUGGGAAAGUAGUGUUUAAUCCCAUCAUCUUCAUCCUUGUUCUCCUCAUCAUCAUGUUUCCGCGGGCGCAUCAUGUUCUGCUGUGCGCAGCUCUGCUCUGGGUCUCCAGCUCGGCCGGGGCGCGCUCCUCUCCAACAUCCGAGCUCAAAUCCCGGAUCUCCGGCGUGGAGGAGCUGCUGGAGGAGUUCCGCAAACAGCUGCAGCAAGACGAGCCAAGCUCCCGGGAGCAGGAGGGGGAUGGAGACCGCUGCGUCGCGGGUUUCAGGGCGGCGGAGUCGCGCAUCAUCCGCGCCAGCGCGUCCAUCGAGCAGGGCGCCGCGUUCCUGUCCGCGCCGCCGCGCGUGUUCAGCUGGAGGGACUGCGCGCGCGCCUGCUGCUCGCUCCCGCACUGUACAGUCGCCAUCAUCCAGGAGGACCUCAAGCAGCCUGACGACAGUUUGCGCUGCUAUUUGUUCAACUGCACCUACAGGGGCAAGAGCGUGUGCUCGUUCUCCUACCAGCCGGGAUUCAGCACCUACAGCCGCUUGAACGACAGCUCCGGGGCCCCGGGCACUGCUGCCACCGACCGGCCGGCCGGGAGACCCGCACCUGCGCUCGGCGAGGAGGAGGCCAUGAUGCAGGAUCUGGACGAGCCGCCCCGCAGUGACGCUGGUCAAGAUCUAGUGGUGCAGCUGCCGACGGACUGGGCAGUGCUGGACGGCAGAGACAGUACCGAUGAUCACCACAUCACCCGCUAUGAGUGGGCUCUCGUCAGAGGAGACCCUUCUGUUAAAAUGAAGGUAACUCACCCGGGCCUGCUGAAGCUCAGUGGACUCAGAGAAGGAGUUUACACCUUCGAGAUCACGGUCAUCGACACGGCGGGACAGAAGAGCUCAGACAACGUGUCCGUCAGCGUGCUCGCCCCGGCCCCAAACGCACAGGUUUGCACAGGUCACUGUUCUCGCUAUCAGUUCAUGUGUGAUGAUGGCUGCUGUAUCGACAUUGGUUACGCCUGCGAUGGAAAGCAGCACUGCCCUGACCGCUCAGAUGAGGACUUCUGCCAGAACUUUGAUAGUGGUCGUAAGUCCAGUUCCUCAAAACAUGGAGCAGAUCUACAGACUGAAGCUGCAGCACAGACCCCCACAGAGAUGCAGCACACCGAUAUCUCCAAACCUGAAGCACACCAACAUUACGGCUUCAGUAAUCAAGAUCCGUGUGCAGCGCCUCCAGUGGUCGGCCCGUGUAAAGGUGUUUUCCCUCGCUGGUAUUAUGACUCUGAAACGGGAAUCUGCCAGCACUUCCAGUAUGGCGGCUGCAAAGGAAACCACAACAACUUCCUGCAAAAGUCUGAUUGUGUGAAUGAGUGCAUUCAGAAACCAACAGUUGCAAAACAUCAGACGACGGCAACUCCGUUAUUCAGCUUCAAAUCAUACACAACUCCUGUGGCCUCUGUUCAUCAGGAAAAACGGCCAAAUCCUCUCUUAGACUCGCAGAAUUCACUGGCAGAAAGGAAAACACAGCGUCUGCUGGAGGGACACCCGCCUCCUGAAUCAGGUGCGAUCCUGCCGCUGGCCUUCGGUCUGCUCAUCAGCGCUCUGCUCUUGCUGAUGGUGGGCUGCCGGCUCUUCCUCGUGCGCCGCAGGCUGAAGAAAGCUCUGCCUCUGACCACAGAAGAGUCCGACUACCUCAUCAACGGCAUGUAUCUGUAGCAGCGCAGACCAAAGCCAGCCUCCAGUCUGCUGAGUGUGUGUGUAGAGGCUGAAGAAGAUGUCGGGUUAAUGGCACUGGAGGCAGAACCUCCUCCUGGGUUUGGACGCAAGUUACAUCUCAGUGAUGAAGUAUUGAGCAUAUUCUGCACUCGUUUUUGCGAUGGACCCUUUUCACAAGGCUGUUAUGAGGCAUUUAGCACUCAUCAGCAUCUGAAAUCCUUUAAACUUUUAAAUAUUUUGACAUAGGAACAUUUAUAUGCAUUUCAAGAGUUCACCCUUAGCUGAUGAUUGAUCAUGAAGCGUGUU